GAUGUCUCGUCACGUUUACCUUCGUAUAUUGGGCUACGUGGCAACCAUCACCCUUCACGUUGGAAACUUGUAUGUUAUGGGACAACCCAAACCGAAGCAUAUAAUGGCGGACCCAUACAUCAGAGGCUAUAUGGAAAUGAGAACUCGAUAUUUCACACGUUGGACAUUUUUCCUGCAAAUAUUCUAUGCAGUCUGUGGUCUGACAUGCGAUGUUAUGGUUUUAAAGAAUUCAAAGAAAAACUAUGAGCUGCCGAAAUAUCUCAAAGGAUUCAGGGAUACGCUUUUUGCUGCUAUCGUUUGGCCUUCUACUUUGCUGGUCUUUACAUUCUUCUGGACUUUAUAUGUGAUAGAUAGAAAUUUAAUUUUCCCUCCAUUUUUGGACCAAAUAGUGACUCCAACUUCAAACCAUAUAAUGCAUACAGCUAUAAUACCUAUAGCACUUUGGGAGGUACUUUUCCAGCCUAGAUCUGUUCCUAAGUCACACGUCAAGAAUGUACUGCAUUUGGUAUUAUACCUAGGAUUGUAUUUGAGUGUGUUAAUCUACACGUAUAUGGAUAGCAGGAGAUGGGUGUACCCUAUAUUCCAGAAGAUAUACGGAACCGUAUAUUUCUAUAUUGUGAUGGGUUUUAUCGUAAUAUUAUGCUUAGGUUUUUAUUAUUUACAAUGGUCUAUAACGAAAAAAAUAUGGGGCCCAUUAGAGAAAGAAAAAGUAAAAAGGAAAACGCGCUAAAGAGAAAAAGACUGGUUUAAAAAAAAAUGUAAAUUGUAUUUGUGAUUAAAAUUAAAAAAAAUGGUUCUAAAAUAAGAAGCAUCUGAUUUUUUACUAACAGACGGGUUAUAUGUGGGUUUGCCAAUUUUGUGGUAUAAAAAAAAUUAAUCAAUACAUACUUGAAACCUACCAUAAAUACUAUGAAAUAAAAAUAAAUAAAAUUGUCAGAUAAUUGCAACAUUGUUACACUUCAGUAAGCUGAAGUAAGAACCAUAGACAUAGUAAAGUAUAGUAUUAUAUUAUCUGUGGUAAAGGUAUGAACACUCACUAGGACUGAUAUCCACCUAUUCAGAUAUCAGAUAUAAAAAUGUAUUAGUUGUAAAAGAUAUUUAAUAUAUAGAUACUUAUUAAAUAAAUAUUUUAUAUUUUUAAUUUA